AAGCAAACAAUAAAAUAUACUAAGUCACACUAGCUCCAUCCAAUGUGAUGAUAAGCCAUCAAACAAGAAAAGGCAUUAAAAGAUAUGAACAAGAGAGAACUAUGAAAAAGAGACUUAUAAACAAAAACUGAACUACUUCACUGGGAUCGGGAACGGGCGGUCGGAAUCUCCUGGCAUGUCUCGGCAUGUAGAAUGAAAACAUGAGAGGGAUAGUCACCAGAUAACCAAGCUCUUCAGAUCCAGGUACCCUGCACCAUAACAUAGUCAGUCCAGUGUAAAAGCAGAACCCGGUGUUGGGUUUAAGGUACCAGCCAAUACGGGAUGGAAAGUUAGUGUGAAUGGCGAGCACCGGAGGGAAGCUCAUCGUAUAACCUGUGAUCUGCUUUAUGGUACUACUUAGUAGUUAAGGGCGGCUUUCAAUUGUCAGUAACAUAACAUGUUCCAAGACACUGAGACAGAUCAAGUACACUGUUCACAGAAUCUUGACCACACAAACAAACAAACAUCCAUCCACGUGAGGCUUGUAGAGAGAGAAAGCAAGACCAAAGGUAGGUUUUUUUGUUUAAUCCCAACUCAAUGAAGUUCCUCCGUUUUCCCCUCAAAACCUUUUGCCGCCACAUGGUCCGAAACGGCAUGUCGCCGCCGAACCCUUACAUGUUCCGCAGCUUCGCCGCUGCCGCCGGGAACUUAGAAUCAAAAUCGAGGAAGGUGGGGUUAGCAGAAGCAUUUGGGGGUUGUUGAAAGAAAUGAAUGAGAAGGGUGUGGUCCGAAACCUGCCGAAUAUUUACGCGAUCCGACCGAAGAAGGUGUUAUAAUCAGUAUUGAAGUCAUUGGAUGCAGUAAUUCAAAGGUUGAUAGAAGAAAGGAGGAUGACAGAGGCUGAGGAGGUUCUUGAGGAGAUGUAUCACAAGGGUUUGACCCCUCAUGAGAGGACUUACACUUGUCUCAUUCAUUCCUUCUGCCAAGAGUCGAGGGCUUCUAAGGCUGUAAAGGUUUUCAGAGAAAUGAUUGAUAGAGGCUUUUCGCCCUCUCUUGAUACAUACAAUGCGGUUAUUCAAACGAAUGCCUUUGCAGGGACGGGGAUUGAGGUGGCUCUGGAGAUUUUGAGGGAAAUGCCUGAGAGGGGUUUGACCGCUGAUGCUGUUAGUUAUUGCCAUGUAAUAUGCGCGUUAUUGCUCCCACCCGAGGAGAAACUGGGGAAGGCUUUUGAAAUGAAGAAGGAUAUGGAUGACAAGGGCAUCUUGCCUGAUUCUGUAACGUAUGAGGUGCUUAUAGACAACCUGUGCUGGGUGGGAAGACUGUCAGAAGCUUUUGAUCUCUUCCGAGAGAUGCUGCAUCGUGGGGGGUUCUCGCCAGAUGAGCAUACUUAUUUCAAUUUGAUGAAUUGUUAUUGUCUUCAAGGUGAAUUCAGUAAGGCUUUUCAUUUGCAUCAUGAAAUGGUACACAAGGGUUUUUUGCCUGAUUUUGUUACUGGGUUUUCACCCUCACUUGUUACAUACAACGCGCUUAUUUAUGGGUAUUGCUCUUUGGGGAGGGUUCAGGAGGCUCUCGAGAUUUUCAGGGGCAUGCCUGAGAUGGGUUUGUCCCCUGAUACUGUUAGUUAUCGCCAAGUAAUAUCCGGGCUUUGCAAAAUCAGGGAGCCGGUGAAGGCGUAUGAACUGAAGCUGGAGAUGGAUAAAAAGAGGAGCUGUUUGAGUCUGAAUGAAGACACGUAUGAAACCCUUAUGGAACAACUGUCGGAUGAAGAUACUUAUUCUAGUUUGAUCAAUGAUUAUUUAGCUCAAGGGGACUUGGAAAAGGCUUAUCAAUUGGAUUACGUAAUGGGACACGAUGGUUAUUUGUCAGAUAAUGUUACCUUAAGUGUGUUGUUGAAUGGACUGAAUAAGAUAGCUAGGACAACAGAAGCUAAGUGGUAUCUUCUGUGGACGGUUUUUUUUAGGUGUUUUGGUAUGCCAGCUUAUAUAAUAUAUGAUACUCUGAUAGAGAACUGCAGUAAUAAUGAAUUUAAGCGUCUGGUAGGGCCUGCCAUUACUUUCAGUGUGAAAGUAGCAAUCAAAGCUCAUCACACAAUGCUUCAUGGGAAUUAUAAGCCAGAUGGAACAGUUUAUAAUCUAUUAAUAUUUGAUCAUUCUAGAUCUCUUGAAGUUCAUAAGGCCUAUAAUAUGUACAUGGAGAUGGUGCAUUAUGGUUUUGUUCCUCAUAUGUUCUCUGUACUUGCUCUUAUUAAAGCUCUACAUUAUGAUGGAAGGUACAAUGAGAUGAGUUGGGUAAUUCACAACACAUUGAGGAGCUGUAAUCUCAGUGAUUCUGAGCUACUUAAAGUACUUAAUGAAAUUGAUUUCAGCAAACCUGAAAUGACUGCUCUUCUGGAUGUGCUAUCUGAAAUUGCCAUGGAUGGCCUGUUACUUGAUGGUGGAAAGUGUUCAUUUGCUUCAACAAGUACCUAAUAUCUUUGGUUUUGCUUGUUGAAAUCUGUUACCAUAAACCUUAAGCUGACUAUUCCAGCUUGCAUCUAGCAUGCUUUGGUUUGGAGACUUGCCAUAUGGUAAAUUCUCCCUUGCUCGGAAAGCAAUUUAUCAUCUUUUAUGUGAAACUCUUCAGCUAUUAAAGACCUCCUUCUAGACCAGGUCAUUUAGAUCUUUUUUUUUUUAAUUGUCAAGUAUGAAGUAAGUUGCUUUCAAUCAUAAGUAGAAAUUGUUUUCUUUUUGCUUUUUAAAGCAAAAGGUCUUUCUUACUAUUGCCAAUUUACUUCCAGGUUGUUGGGAAUCAUGUUUUAUGAUUAUAUGAAUUUCAAUAAUUUUGAAUGAGGGUUGCUGAGAUCAAGAAAGUAUUAUCUGACAUGAUCUGCCAUUUAUUAUUUUACAUGAAUGAUAAUAUUUGAAUCUGUUCUCCCUAAACUCCCCGGGUCCCUAGCUCAGUGUGUAAAUCACUAAGCUCAGGUUCGAGAUUAUUGUGAGAGUGAAGAUGUUUUUCUCAAGUUCUUUAUGUCUUCUUAUAGGCUCUUUUUUGGUCUCUUGGGUUGUUGGGGGUUUGACUAAAAUUAUGUGUCUAAUUACAUGUUAAAUGUGGUAAUAAUUGCUCUUUGGAGGUUGCGGGUGGCUAUUUUCCGUUGAGGGACUCAGCCUUCCAAGCCCUUAAGCUUGUGCGCUUGAUGGGUUUUAAGAUAAGUCACGUUCCUUCUUUAUGUCGGGCUAUCAUGUUCCCAGUAGCUCUUUGUCUUGCCAUGUGGAGAAAGCAGAGUAGCAGACCGAAUAUCCCAGCAGUAGAAACUGCACCUUAUGUUGCCAUUCGACAAAUGGGAUCACCUUUCCGGAGGAUAACCCCUCCCGUGAAUAUAUGGACUGCAAUACAUGUAUUCUCUCCAACCACCGGCGACAAUGUCCCAUCAUCAAGUAAUGCGGGCUCCUCCUGUAUGAGGUUGCUCCUCUGGUCAGUAUUCGGCAAGCAGUUAUGCUGCUCCCCCAGUUCGAAAAAUGUACCAGCUCCAAUCUGGUUAUAACAUGCUUGGAUCAGGUUCUCUUUCACCUGAAUGAGUUCUGAUGUUUAGAGCUGCUCACUGAAGCUUCUGCCCAGAAUUGAUUCUGACUACAAAAUCAAUUGUAGAAGAGGUUCUAAACAUGCACUUAGCACGUAAUCUGCUCAAGUUUUUGCUUUUUAUGUAUGUUGCUGAUAUGGUAGUAAUAGUAUACCUGCUGAUAGGGGUGUUCAUAACCAAACCAAAUCAUAUUGCGUCAAGUGUAUUGAUGUGGAAUUGCACUUGCAGGUCAGUGUGGCUGUGUUUGGGUUGAGUGAUCUGCAUCUGUCAUAAUAGAUUUUGCUAGUUGGGAUACAAAAAUUGCGUAAUAGAUUUUGCUUGUGUGAUCGUUUAAAAGCAUGGUUAACUUCUGCUUCCA